AAUAAGUAGUUCUUUUCCAACAUCUGAAUAAAAGUAAACAAACCAUUUAAAAUCUCUAAAAAAAAUUGUGUGAUCAAAUUGAUAAAUGAAAUUAAAAAAAUGAGCAUUGAAGACAACCAUAGAAAUGAUGCCAUGCUAAUGGAAAUUUUGCAGAAUCGCAAAACCAUCACUGGAUUUCUGGACUCGAUGUUUGGCUUCCUUCGGCGCAACACUGAUUUCUACCAUAAUAAGGCGAAUGAAGCUGAUCAGCUUGGCUUUCCUAGGGGCAUGCGGGAUCAGUUGGUGUUUGGAGCCUUGCAACGUUAUGAUACUGAUGCAUGGAGCUCAGCAGGCAAUCAGGAUGCAGAAGUCGAGGAUAAUGGCCCUACAGUCCCACCUGCCAUUGAAGAAAUUACCAUCAAUACUGAGGAGACCUCUGAAAGUGAAAUGAAGUCAAAACACUUAAGUUUCUCCCCCAGCGACUGCAAAAAUGGAGCCUGUUUUGAUACCUAUUGCUGGUCACAAAGUCAAAAAGAUUUGGAAGUUUAUGUAAAACUUCCUCCUGAUCUUAAAGCAGCUAAACAAUUAUCUGUUGAUAUAAAAUCCCACUUUAUAAAGGUAUCUGGCAAAUUCAAACCAGACCAACAGAUCAUUUUGGAAGGAAAUCUUAGCCAACGCAUAAAACAUAAUGAGGCCGUGUGGACUAUUGAUCAGGACACACUCAUUAUUAGUUGUGACAAAACAAAGGAACUUUGGUGGGACAGACUCUUUGAGGGCCAGCCAGAAAUCGAUACAACAAAGUUGGAUUGCGAACGUUAUAUAGAUGAAUUACCUGAAGACUCCCAAGUGGCCAUUGAGAAGCUAAGGGUCCAGCAAUUAGCAUCGGAUCAGAAGAAACAACUUCAAAGUCCUGAACAAACUAAAACAAUGGAACGUUUAAAGAUUGCCUGGGAUGCCGAAGGCUCACCAUUUAAAGGACAGCCCUUUGAUCCUUCAAUCGUACAAAUGAGUUAGUCAUUUUAUUUUUAAGUAUUAUACAAGUUAAGAAACGAAACGCUUAAACGUUAAAUGAGAA